ACCUGUGGUACUACUUUAAAAAGGAAAGCCUCUCACGAAGAGAAGAAAACCGGUCAGAGUUUGCCCGCUGAACGAGUCGUUAUUUCAGUAUGCAGGUGUCUCUAGCGCUCGUGCACUGCGGCGCGCGGCUGUUGCUGCUGGUGCUGCUACAGGGAUGUUUCACAGCGGCGCACGGAUGGAGGGCUUUAAAAAAUGAUGCUACAGAAAUUAUACCAGAAUACACGGAGGACACGAAUAAACCCGAGGAGCAGAUACAACUUUCUGACAAUAACACAAUGAACCGGGCUAAGAACGGAGGAAGGAGGUCAUCAGCCAACACACGCAUUUAUGGAGCCUCUGAACUAAGCUGCCGGGAGCUGCGUUCUACCCGCUACGUUACUGAUGGAUCUUGCCGUAGUGUCAAACCUGUGAAGGAACUGGUAUGUUCUGGUCAAUGCCUUCCAGCUCAUCUCAUGCCAAACUCAAUUCUAAGGGGAAAAUGGUGGAGAAGCAGCUCCUCCGAUUACCGCUGCAUCCCAGCUCACUCCCGCACCCAGCGGAUACAACUCCAGUGUCCGAACGGACCAAACAGGACAUACAAAAUCCGAGUGGUCACGUCUUGCAAGUGCAAACGCUACACUCGCCAUCACAACCAAUCGGAUGUCAAGGAGUUGCCCUCUAAGAAGCCGCGGCGCAAUAAGAAGCACCGUAGCAAAGCGCCCUCGGUCAACAGCAAUUCGUACUGAGGGGGAAAGUUGAACUGAUACAGAAACUCUCUCUUGCAUACAUACAAAUACACCUUUACAUAUACGCACACAUAUUUCAGAAACUGCAAUCCAAGGAAAGGAAUACACACAUUAGCAUUUAACAAACUUAUUGGCAUGCCAAGAAGUUUCCAACGUAUUUCAGAUGUCUCACUGUUUGAAUGUGCUCUUGAGCCUAAAUAGUCCCAGUUUGAUCACAGAAUGCCAGUGGACUAAUGGAUGCUUGAGUGAAAAGACGUAUACAAUUAUGUGAGAUUAGUUCAGGGAAUGUGAUGAUGAUAUUAGAGUUCAUGAGGAAUAACUCCACAUAUUCUUACCCAAGCAGUUCAUUUCAAGUUUGAAGUUCAUUGAAAGGGUAAGCUAACAUACGGGCAAACACACUGAGCACUCAACCAAUCCACCAAGCGCUCAUGUGAAUGUUUGUGCACCAGAUUUGUCCUCCUCUUUUGGGACUUGGAGCAGCGUUUGAUUUGACCGUCCAGCCGUGUCGGGCCCAAAAGACAUUCCGCUGCUGACAGAUCGUUGAAGCCCAGACUUCUUAACCUUGGUCAAUUUUACCAGCCCAUGAGUGCUCUUGACGGGCUGGGGAACCGAGCCAGGCACCAUGUGAGUUUCUGCAACUUCACAUUUCAACAAGAAACUGAUCGGAACUGGCAGUAAGAGCCACGUUAUGGAGAGUUCGAAAAGUUGUGUCAGCCCUCCACGGUCCAAGUCCCCGGAGGUCAAGAACCGCAAACGAUAUUCCUGUGACUUGUCCUAAUUACCAAAUAGUUCCAUUCCUGUGUUAGGAUUUGAGUCAUAAAAAGCCAUUUCCUCUAGACAUGGUCAGUUCCUGUUUGUUAGAAACCCGAAAAAGAGGCCCACAUGUGUGCAAGAAUCUGCAAAAAUUCCUCGCGGGCAAAAAACCUUUCUGCACCCUCCUUCAAUGGAAACCAUUUGAGGAUAUCCAGCUAUCUGCAAUCGCUAGCAGGUUACCUACAUCCAUUCCUGAAGUCUUCACCAAUGGUGUCAUCCUUUCUGUCAUCUGACCGGAAAAAGCAGAGACAAAUAAGUGAACCAAACUCUGAGAUUGUGGGCUGGAUGUUGAUUUUACACAGGAUAAAGAGAUUAAGCCAAUGCCAUUUCAUGACUUCCCCAGCUCUUUUUUUUUUUUUGUUCAGUGCAGAUAAUAUUUGCUUAUUUUUCAAUUGUGUAUUUAAAAUAGCAACUGGAAGGGAUUUUUAUAAUGUAAGCAGACUUGCCAUGAAUAGCAACUUGUAUAUACUGUACCUGUGUGGUCUCAUUGAGCGUUAUCCUCCUCGAUGAAUGGAUCCACUCUCUCUCUUUGACCAAAAGACUGUUACAAAGAAUGAGCAUAUUUAUUUUUUUCAAUUUCAUCAUUUAAAUUAUUUAUGCAAUCUUUUUUUGUAGAAAAUAAUAGCCAGUAUUGUACUAUAUGUAAUUAUAGUGAAUUUCAUAACGAAAAAGAGUACAUGAAUAAAGUUAAGCAACGUA